AAGCGAGGAUGCAAUUCAACUCAAUCAUCCCUUCCGCAAAAGGCCAGUCGUGGUUGUUGGUUGUUGUGGAAUGCGUAUAAUGUUGUUUUGAUGGUCUGAGGUGGUUGCGAAACUUUGCUGGAAACUGCUUCCAAAGUUUGAGCAAAUGGAGGGAUGUAUUGUCCAAGCUACAUAUGACUUUCAGAAAGAAGACCCCUCAGACCUUGGGUUUGUUACUGGUGAUAUUAUCAAGGUUACUAAGCAAGUCAAUGAUGAGUGGUGCUUUGGACUGACUUGUGAUGAUGCAGGUCAGUUUCCAUCUGCUUUUGUGAAGGUUGCUCUUAAAGAUGCACCAGACCAAAUAUUCAUUGCUGUUGCUGACUUUAAAGGGCAAGAAGAAGGUGACAUUGAAUGUAAAAAUGGUGAUAUUAUUGGAUUGAAUGAAGAUGUAGAUGAGAAUUGGAUUGUUGGUUCAUCAAAAACAUCUCAUGGGCUAUGUCCAAAGUCUUUUUUAAAAGAAUUGUUUUUUAGUAAUAAAGGAAAUAAUGAAGUGAUAAAUGUAAAUACUCUUGGAGAUGUUGAUAAAAGGGAUGAAAAAAUUUGUCCAUAUGGAGAAUCUAUUGAUGAGUUCUGUGCUCAAACCAGUGACGAACUAUCAUUCCCAAAGGGUGCAAAAGUAGAACUGAUUAAAGAAAUUGAUUCCUUUUGGACAGAGGGUAUCUACAAUGGCACCAAAGGGAAGUUUCCUUCAAUGUUUGUGAAGCCUGUUGUUCCAUUACCACAAGAGCUUCUAUUCACUGAAAACAAGACUGCAGCACCAGACAAAAUUGCUGAGAGGGAGCCAAAAGCCAAAGCUUUAUUUUUCUAUGUAGGUUCAAAUGCAGAUGAGCUUAGUUUUGACAAAGGUGAAACUAUCACUUUGCUUAGAAGAAUUGAUGACCAAUGGUACAAGGGUCAAAUUGGUAAAUCAGUUGGUCUGUUUCCAGCAAAUCACGUUGAGAUCCUUGUUGAUUUGCCAUAUGAAAGUACAAAGAAGAACCCCGAGAAUAAUACCAUAUCGAAUGGAAAUAGAUUAGAUACACAGAACAAGGAACAUCCAAUAAUUGGUGGAAAGUUAAAAGAAAACUGCGAAAACAAAGAUGCUUUCAAGCCGAAGCCAUUCUCCAUAAAACCAAAGCCUUCUAUAAAGCCAAAAAUUAAUUUACAAAAACCAGUGGAAUCAAAUUCUAGCAACAAGCCAAAACCAACGGUUUUAACAUCAUUGAAGCAACAGAAGCAGCAACAACAACUAUCUUCUGAGGAAGAUAAAUCUGUCAGUGAACAGAGUAAUAAAACAAAGAUAUCAGUUCCAGCCAGUACCAAACAAAAUGACAGCGCAAAACAAUUAGAAGCUCCUAUUAUAAUAAAAGCCAAAAGGGGUAAACAGCCCGCACCCCCUGGAAGGCCCCCAACUGUAAAUUUAUUAAAUGGACAAGGUCAAGUGGGCAAAAAACAAAACAGUGAUUUAAAACCUAGACCAAAGGUUGCUGCAAAGCCAAAGUCGGGUAGACCGCCGCUUAAGGCUCCUGCGCUGGAAACUGACAUGCCGUUGUUUCAAACGAGCAAGCAAAUCAAACGACCUGAUAUAAGCCAACAAUCGUCCGCCCCCACAGUGUCGCCUAAUGUAAUGCUGCUUGAGCAAGAACUGAGUUCACUUACAAUUGAUGAAAAUGCUAAUAAGAAACCUGCUUUGAGCAGUCUUGAUUGUGAUGCCAGUAAGCAAGAAGAUAGAUGCGUGAACAAGGUGGAAACAAAGCAAGAACUGAAAAGGGCGAAACGACCCGCGCCAGGUCGACCGAGCAAAGAGCCAUCAAAGACUGCAAAAUCUGCUAAUAAACUCGCAGACAGUUGUAGCCCUAUUCAGUCUCCAAAGCUUGAUAUGAAGAUCUCUCGAAAUAGCAGCCCUUCUGCACUAACCAAGACUGUUCAAGAAAACGUGACACAAACAACUCGCUAUUCAAAGAGAGGAAAGGCUUUACCUCCUCAACUUCCAAAGCCGUUAGCCCCCCAGCCCCCUAAGAAGCCGCCUGUUUCCCCACGUUUUCCAAAAUAUGAUGCUUUAGAAGUGAAAACCGAAAAUCAACCUUCAUUCCAAACAUACAUAAACCCAGGAGGAAAUCUGACGUUUAACGGUGCAGAGUCAAGCAAUGGAAUUCAGGAAAGGAAAGGAAAUGAACCCAAAGCAUCAACAUUCUAUGUCGACUUUCUCGAUUUGGACUCAGUUGAUGGGCAAGAUCAAAAUGCAAACACAGAAAUUGAGAUUGUUGAAGAGAGAAUUGUUCAGAUCCAAGGUCGGAUUAGAUCGGAAUCAAGUAUGUUAUCUGGCAUCGAGACACUGUUGGCGUCCUCGGAAGAUGAAGACAAGAGAAACGAGUUGCGUUUUCGACACCGAAGUUUGUCGACAAGCUUAAUUGACCUGAACGAGGAGCUGUUUGCUUAUCAAGAUGAAAAGUCUUAUCUCCUUGCCUCUUCUGGCGACUCUACCGCCAUUAAAAACAGGAUUGACGAGCUUGCGCAGCAAAUAGCGUCAUACAAAGAUAACUGUGCCAAACUGCACAGAAUGAAAAAUAUCGCUAAAAACGAGGAGCUUGCAGAGAUCAAAGACGGCAUCGAGUUCUGUGAAAACAUGGUAGAAACAUUAUCCGAAGAAAUGGCAGUACUCCAACAAAAGUUGGAUAAAGAUGAGCAAGAACGCUUGCGGGAAGAUCCAGAAGAGGUCAGAAGAAAACUUCUUAGUCAGAGAGAAAAAGCCGUGGAAGAACUGAUUAAGACUGAACAAGAUUAUUUGCGGGAUAUUGAUGUGUGUACAACGAAAAUUCUUCCAAGACUCGCAGGGUCAAAGGCCAUUGAUAGCGGGAAGCUUUUUGGUAAUCUAGAAGAGAUAUGUAAAAUUUCAAAGAAGCUACUUGGUUCUUUGGAGAAGAUGGAACAUACGGACAACAAUAGCCUUGGAAAACAACUAGGCAAAUGCUUCGUUGAUGUGACAUUUGAUCUUAAGAAAGAAUACUCCAGUUACUGCCGAAGCUACGACGAGUCUCAAGUAUUGCUUGAAAAGUUGGAACAAGACAGCGAGAUGAAAGAUGAAAUAUUCAAUGCCGUAACUGCAUCAAGGGACGAAACUGGGCUGUGGGAUCUAUCUUCGUACCUCAUAAAACCUGUUCAGAGAAUUCUCAAGUAUCCACUUAUUCUGAAAGAAAUCCACAAGUUUUCUCCAGAAGAUGAAACCGACAGGGAGAGUAUCCAAGAGGCUAUUACCGCGCUUCUUGGUGUUGCAACGGCAAUCAACGAAUUCAAAAGACGGAAAGACUUAGUGCAAAAAUAUCAAAGAAAUGAGGGAAUUGGGAAUAAAAUACAGCGUCUGAAUUGGCAUUCAGUUCGAAAGAAAUCAUCGCGAAUAAACCAGAAAAUCACCCAGUUUACUGGGUUGGUUUCACAGACCGUCGAUGAACAAUUUGUUGAAGAAGAGAAGCGAUUCAGAUCCAUCGAAAAAAUUAUUAAGAAUUUCAUUAGAAGUUUGAAUUCAUACUUGGAAUGUUUCCAGGAAUCAAGUAGUUUACAAAAGAUUGUCGCUGAAAGUAUCAGAAGUCUUUGCGAAGAGGCACCCAUUGAAGAUGAGGUUUUGUCCUUUUACAACGUCAUUCUCAAGCUAAAAGAUGUCAUAUGUCCCAAGUUUGUGUUUGUUGUGAAGACCCGUGUCCUAGAUCCUCUCGAGCGCCUACUGCAGUUGUUUGUCAGCCCACUUAAAUUGAUCGAGAAGAGACAAGACAAAUGCCUAGACUAUGAUAGAAUGCUCAAUCGAGUGCAGAAAACAAAGGAAGCAGACAGAAGCAAACAGGUCCUUGACGAGCUGAAGAUGGCAAAGAAUAAUUAUAUAGCGCUGAACUCGCAAUUGCUCGAAGAACUUCCAAGACUUUCAAAGAAGUGUUUACAGUACUUCCAUUUCUGUCUCUCGAACUUCGUGAAAGCAAGAUUCAGAUACUUUACUGAAAUAAGUGACGAGCUAACAGUCAGUUUACAGCUAAGCCUGAUUGAACGACACACUAACGCAGAUAUAGUACAGAAACAUGCAGAAUCGUUGGUUAUUGCUGCGGAAAAGAUCUCGCAAUUUUUGUUCUACCCUGAAAGGACAACUGCAAAUGAAGGCAUGACAAGGCCGGAACCGCUCAUGCUAUCAAGGGAGACGUUUUCGAAUUUCUAUGUCGAUAUGCUAUUUGACUCAAGUGAUGGGGAUGCCACGUCACCUAUCAAGCCAUUUGCUAGCAAGGGAGGAGCAAUCGAUGCCAGUGAACCAAAGCCAGUAGCAUUGCCGAGAAGAAAAAGCCUGCGAAGGAGCUCAAGCAGUCAAAGCUCCAGUAGUCCAACCAAAUCGCCUGUUUUUGCUAUGGACGUCGGCUUCAGCCCGACAAGAAGGCACCGAACGUCAUUGUCAGAAGAUGGUAAUACAGAGUUGUACAUUGCUGAGUACAGUUUUGAAAAGGAAGAUUCUGCCGAAAUAUCGAUUGAGGAAGGGACAGUGGUUAGGGUGAUAAGGAAACAUGAUAAGGAGGCUAAUCCGGAAUGGUGGCUGGUAGAGACAUCUUUCGGUAGGGGGUAUGUACCAUCUGCUUACCUCAGCCCGUACAAAGGAGGCAUCGGCAGUCCACAGCGUGAAGAAAGUAUAAGAAAGAAACUAAGAAGCAGCCUUUCUCAGGAAAACGAGCCUGUUUCGCCUGGAGUUUGCCAGUUUGAGCAUGUAAAUAAUAAAGUUGAGAUUGGAAAGAACGAAGUUGUACAUUCCCAAGAAAAUGAAAAAGUUAACUCGAAAGCUACUGUAAAUGGUAAAGAGCUGAAUGGGCUUCAUGAUAGAAGUGUUAAAGUUGUUGGUAACCCAGCCAACUAUUUUUCAGCUGAAAAUCAUGGAUAUGAUGAGCAACUUGAUGGUGUAGCAACGGAGACACAGGGCAACAAAGCUAAGUUAUUAUACAGGGCAUUGUAUGACUUUGUAGCUACAGAAAGAGAAGAACUGUCAAUUGUCGAAGGUGACGUCACCAAUGUUUUGAAAAUUGGUGACGAUAAUGGAAACAGUGAAUGGUGUUAUGUGGAAUGCCAAGGGAAGCUUGGAUACGUGCCUUAUAAUUAUCUAGAACCACUGAACGGAUUCGCCCCUUAGGUUCUUGUACUCGUCAGAAUAACUGUCUGUCUGUGUUCAAGUUUGUUGCAUUUUUUAAAAGUUUGUAGCAUAUUUUACGCGAUUUGCAUGCAGCGGCCUAGGAAGGACAUCACUGCAGAAUUUUUCUGCUUCUCCAAAGCUGCAAAGCAUAUCUCAGCGGAAUGCCCUGUUGUUGUUAUGCGAGAAGCUCAGGUUUUGUAAUGUGAUUUGGUCGUGCCUAUUUAAGUGAUUAGUUGAAGAAUUUUUUUCUUGUAUUAUAAGAGUUUUAUUUCCAGAUAUGUUUGUCUCAUAUUCCGUAAUUUUUCGUAAAUAUUAUUAGUUGAUGUUCAUCUAUUUCUUGUAUAUCUGUUUUUCGUUGUAUCAUAGAUUCCAAUCGACGUUAUUUAUAUUUUGCUUAAAAUAAUAAAGUAUUAAUGUUUGUACUAUAGCUAGAUGUCACUCUUAUGCAAAGAUUUACUUGCUUUUAGAAAUUAAUAUUGCAAUUCUCUAAAGUAAUAAAAUUUCUGAAGUAUUCUCGUCAGUGAUUCAACUACUUUGGCAGGCAUUUUCUCUGUUUCGCAUUUUCGCUAGAAUCUAAAAAAACUUCUGGAAAAGAUGAAAGUGAAUGCAAACUUUUUUAAAGGAAACCUUUGUUUUGCCUGUCUAAAUUCUUGCUCGACGUUUCACUAGGUCUUUGAUCUUUUUAAAUAUUUUCAUUUUCCCUACUCCGUUUCACCCCUAUACUCCAUUUACAACCCUUCUUCGAUUUGCAACCUCUUCCCUAUUAGCUUUACUGGUGUUGUAUAAAAAACCAGCAUUAUUCUCGAUGCCAUCGUUUAAUGUAGGCAGAAAUACCAAUAUAUUCAUGAACUGCUAAUUUUUUCGUUUAAUUUGACUUUUAUUCACUAACGAGCAGGUGUACAAAAGUCAAAGAGAUUUGACAAUCCCCAUUUUUCCAACUUCUAUCGUUAAGGAUAAGUGAUAUUCAAUUAAAUAUGUAUGUUGCGUGUGGUACUCCAUCCAGAAUAACGAUUAUACAGUUAGCAAAUAAAUUUAGUACCAGAAUGAAAAUGUAAUAGUUUGAUUGUUAAAAACACGACGUU